UUAUUUUUAUUUUUAAUACCCCUGACCCGAGCACGGUGGCGGCAGCGGCGCCGGGGCAGGGAGGCUGUCCCGGUUAUUUAUUCUCUCCCCGCAGAGCUGUCCCUCCGGCUCACCAUGAUGUUCCGAGACCAGGUUGGCGUGUUGGCCGGGUGGUUCAAGGGCUGGAACGAGUGCGAGCAGACUGUUGCGCUGCUCUCCCUGCUCAAACGCGUCAGCCGGACCCAGGCUCGCUUCCUCCAGCUCUGCCUCGAGCAUUCCCUGGCAGACUGCACCGAGCUCCACAUCCUCGAAGGGGAGGCCAACAACCCCGGAAUCAUUAACCAGUGGCAACAGGAAUCCAAGGAUAAAGUGAUCUCCCUCUUGCUGACCCACCUGCCCUUGCUGAAGCCCGGCAACAUCGAGGCGAAAGUCGAGUACAUGAAACUCUUGCCCAAAAUCCUGGCGCACUCCAUCGAGCACAACCAGCACAUCGAGGAGAGCAGGCAGCUGCUGUCCUACGCCCUGAUCCACCCUGCCACCUCCCUGGAGGACAGGAGCGCCCUGGCCAUGUGGCUGAACCACCUGGAGGACCGCACCUCGGGGGGCUUCGGGCAGGGCCGGGGCCGCUCGGACUCGCUGGACUACGCGCAGCCCCACUACUAUCACCAAAGACAGAACUCGGACGACAAGCUCAACAACGGGUGGCAGAACUCCUCCCGGGACUCGGGCAUCAGCGUCAGCGCCUGCAGCUGGCAGGACAAGAGCCUGGCCUGUGAGAACGGCCACCUGCCCCUCUACUCCUCCUCCUCCGUCCCCACCACCAUCAACACCAUCGGCACUAGCACAAGCACCAUUCUCUCAGGCCAGACACACCACAGCCCUUUGAAACGCUCUGUGUCCCUUACCCCACCCAUGAAUGUGCCAAACCAGCCUCUAGGACAUGGAUGGAUGUCUCAUGAGGACUUACGAGCUAGAGGACCCCAGUGCAUCCCUUCUGACCAUGCCCCCCUGUCUCCACAAAGCAGUGUAGCCUCUUCGGGAAGUGGUGGGAGUGAACAUUUAGAAGAUCAGCCUUCUGCUCGUAACACAUUCCAGGAGGAAGGGAGUGGGAUGAAAGAUGUCCCAGCCUGGCUGAAGAGCCUCCGGCUGCACAAGUACGCCGCCCUCUUCUCCCAGAUGACGUACGAGGAGAUGAUGGCCCUCACCGAAUGCCAGCUCGAGGCACAAAAUGUUACCAAAGGUGCGAGACACAAAAUAGUCAUCAGUAUCCAAAAGCUAAAAGAAAGACAAAACCUGCUCAAAUCUCUAGAAGGGGACAUCCUGGAAGGCGGCAACUUGCGUGUCCCGCUGCAGGAGCUGCACCAAAUGAUCCUGACCCCCAUCAAAGCCUACAGCUCGCAGAGCUGCGGCGCGGAGGAGCAGAGCCGGGAGGGGGACUCGCAGCACGCCUCCUCCCUGCUGGGCUCCGACGGCCAGGGCUCGGGCUGCAAGGACUCGGCGGCCGCCGGCAUGCAGCAGCACCAUCUGCCGGGCUGCGAGGGCGAGUCCGGGGGCGCCCCUCUGCCCGAGGGAGACCUGCCCGGCCAGUUCACCCGGGUGAUGGGGAAAGUCUGCACACAACUUUUAGUUUCCCGACCCGAUGAAGAGAAUAUAAGUUCCUAUUUACAGCUCAUAGACAAAUGUCUAAUCCACGAGGCGUUUACAGAGAUCCAGAAGAAGCGGCUGCUGUCAUGGAAACAGCAGGUGCAGAAACUCUUUCGGUCUUUCCCUCGGAAAUCCCUCCUGGAGCUGUCAGGCUACCGGCAGCAGAGGAGCCGAGGCUUUGGCCAAUCCAACUCGCUCCCCACCGCCGGCUCCGCGGGGGCAGGGCUGGCCCGGAGGAACCCCCGCCAGUUCCAGAUCCCCUCCCGAAACCUCCCCACGGCCAGGCUGGGGCUGCUGGGCCCCACGGGGCUGCUGGGCACCCCCCAGCGCAGCCCUGCUGCCAGCCCUGCCAUCCUCAAGCAGGGCAGACAGAACCUGUGGUUUGCCAACCCUGGGGGCAGUAACAGCAUGCCCAGCCGGAGCCACAGCUCGGUGCAGAGGACGCGCUCGCUGCCGGUCCACACGUCCCCGCAGACCAUGCUGAUGUUCCAGCAGCCAGAGUUCCAGGUGCCGGUGACUGAACCUGACAUCAACAACAGGCUGGAGUCCCUGUGCCUGAGCAUGACGGAGCACGCACUCAGCGGUGAGCAUUCCCUCCUGCUGGGGCUCUUCCAGCACGUCCACGCCGCCUCUGCUGAGCCCCCCAGCACCUGCCCCUGCCCCGUGCCCCCCAAAAGCUGGGACAGGCUGUGGCUGUGAGAGCGGGGCCGGACGUGGGGGUGCUCACCUGGGAAUUCUGGCUUCUCUCGGCGAGGUGCCCGGGGCAGGGGGUAAAGCUGAACGCAGGGAUUGCACCAGCACUAGUGGAGUCUGUGCUAAUUAGCCACUCGUCAGCUUGCUAAUGAUAAUUAGUGUUAGCUCGCUACUCUCGUUAGCUCUCGGUAAAGCCCCUGCUCGGAUGGGUCACGGGCUUCGGAGUGUUGUGCCCUUCUGCCGCUGGAUCCCCCACAGCUGGGGGCUAAAUCCCUGCCAGGGGCUGUGCCAGGGGCUGUGCCAGGAGCUGGCAGUCCACACACAGCCGGGGCUGCCGGCGGAUCGUGGGCACGGGGAGGGAGGAGGACCGGGGCAAAAACAAGCAGGGAAGAUGGAAAAGGCAGCAGCAGCAGCAGCAGC